UGGCUGGUGCGUUCGAGGCCACAUUCGCCCGCACGCACCGGCUGGACUUUGUCUUUGCCAACGCGGGCAUCGCCGAGCGCGGGGACUUUUACGCCCCGCACACCACCGCCGAGGACAACCUCGCGCCGCCGCCGCCGUACGACCUGCUCGUCAGCAAGAUCCUCCUGGACGCCGUGUACAUGACGGCGUACCUCGCGCAGCACUACUUUCGGCAGACUCCGGACUCGCUGCCCGGGUUGGACGGCGAAGCAGGCGGUACGGGCGGAGGCGGAGGCGGAGGAGGUAAGAGCAUAGUCAUGACCGCCAGCUCGGGCGGGAUCUACCCGUCGGGUAUGUGCCCGCUGUACACGGCGGCCAAGCAUGGCGUGGUGGGCUUCAUGCGCGCCAUCGCGCCGUCGUUUUACAAGAACGACGGGAUCCGCGUCAACGCCAUCUGCCCCGGCCCGCUGAGGACGGGCCUGCUCCCGGACGCGCAGUGGGAUCUGUUCCCCCCGGAGCAGAUGACGGAUGUGAACAAGGUUGCGGCGGUUGUGAUGAUGCUGAUCGAGGGCAAGGACAGUGUGCCUGCCACGGAGACGAGGAUCGACGGGGAAGGGAUGGACAGAGGUGGGAAGGAUCCGUUGUGGGGAAACGCGGUUGAGAUUAGUGCCCAGAGGCAUUAUUAUCGCGAUGCGCCGAGGUGGAGUGAUGAGACGAUGGAGAAGAACAUGCUGGCUUGCGACCCUACGCUGAGCAAGUGACAUGUGGGAACGUAGAGAGGACCAGGAAGUACGCAAAGAAAUUCCAAUGGGUCAAUUUGUCUAUAGAGCAGCACAGCCUGCAGGUAUUCAAGGACAGAAACAAAAAAAAGCAACUACAACAACAGUUUUCCCCAAUGA